AUGGUGGCCUGUGGAGAUGUGUGGGAUAACACUGACAGGUGCGCAUACGUCGACGAGUUCUGUGGUGACCAUCAAGCUGGCUUGAUCAACUACUUGCAUCUUUAUUUCUGCAACCUGGACCAUAUGCACGCAGUCGCCUUGGUCAUCAUGGGCGCGUGGAUGAUUUUCCUUUUUGCGUUGAUCGGAGUGGCCGCCUCUGAUUUCUUCUGCCCUAAUCUCAACACAAUAUCCAAGAAGUUGCAUUUGUCAGAGAGCAUGGCCGGAGUUACUUUCCUCGCCUUCGGCAACGCGUCUCCAGACAUCUUUAGCACAUUCUCCGCCGUUGGUGCUGGAAGCGGAACCUUGGCAGUCGGCGAAAUAGUUGGCGCCUCGUCCUUCAUCACGUCAAUCGUGAUUGGCUCAAUGGCGAUCGUCAAGCCAUUCAAAGUGAGCAAGGGCCCAUUCUUACGCGACAUGACCUUCUUCACUGGCUGCAUCUUGUUCAUUCUUUACAUGGUUCUCGACCGUAAGAUCACAUUCGUCCAGAGCAUCAUCCUCAUAGCUGCCUAUGUCGUUUAUGUUGCCCUUGUCGUGUUUGGCAACUGGAAGAAACAACGACAGGAAUCUCGGCUACACACUGACAGCGAGACGGGGUCAGAGCACAGCGAGGACGGUGCUCAUAUCGACACACUUCGUCACCAACCAGACACAACGAGUACCGAACACACCCAGCACGUCAACAUCGUUCUGAGCCUUAUUGACCAAUCUCCCGCCGUGGCCCCUUUGAGCACAUGCACCAAGCCCUCUUCAAGCUUCAAGUCUAAAUCAAAGUGUCCUGCGAUCGUGGUCGAUCCUGGUUACUUGGCCGCAAGUCUUCAUCCUUCGUCCGCUGGACCACUUUCGUCCGCUGGACCGCCUUCUUCCAAAGGAAGUCGGAGGAGCAGUGCCAAGAGCCCCAUGCCAUCGCCAUUAUACGAUGGCCCGAGCCAGGACCCAAGCUAUGCUCAACUCCGACAAGUCAUGCUCCACCAUUCCCUAAUUCUUCCUGACAUGGGUGACCCUAUCAACCGUCCACGGAGUCCUGUCUUCCAGAGUGCCCCUGACGCCAACACGUUGGGUGGUGUGAGGAAGCGGCAUUGGGCUGCACUCUUCUUGAACGACUGGAUCAAGCCAGUUUAUUUUCCUACGUUGAUGGGAUGGAAGGACAAGUCGGUUUUCAUGAAGAUCCUUGCUGUUGCGUCGAUCCCUAUUGUCUUCUUGUUGACAUUGACCCUCCCUGUGGUUGAUCUCAAGGAGGACAAUGAUACCCUCAUCGGCUCGCAGUCAGAUGGCACGCCGGUCGAAGUCAACGCAACCAGCCCAGGCGAUGGAAGCAACCUGUACAAUGGUUGGUGUCAAGGCGCCACAAUGGUCCAGAUGGUCGUUGCUCCAGUCUUCAUCGCACUUGUUGUCACCAGCGCUGCGGGUAAGAGCAACCUGGUACCGGUUCUUGCUGCCUUAGGAAUGGGGAUUCUGAUGUCUGUGGCCAUUUUCUUCCUCAGCACAGAGACCAAACCCCCAAAGUUCUACGAGGCAUUUGCGUUUGUUGGAUUUUUGGUGGCGAUGACCUGGAUCUUUGUGGUCGCCAACGAGGUUGUGGGGAUCCUGCAGGCUGUUGGCUUGAUACUGGGAGUUAGCGAUGCGAUUCUGGGACUGACGGUGUUUGCUAUGGGCAAUAGUCUUGGCGAUCUGGUGUCGAAUAUCACGAUUGCGAAGAUGGGCUUUCCUCAGAUGGGCUUCUCAGCCUGCUUCGGAGGGCCACUGCUGAAUAUGCUGCUGGGACUCGGUAUUAGUGGCACGUAUGUGACCCUCUCGACGGAUGCACACGUCCCGCUGGAGUUGUCGCCGACGCUGUUGGUUUCUCUAGGAACGAUUCUGCUGACGGUGGUUGGAGCGAUGGUUGUGGUGCCGAGGAGCGGGUACAUGCUGAAUCGGUGGUGGGGUAUCUUCCUCGUGGUUGUGUACCUCGUUUCGAUGGUUGUCAACGUUCUGCUGGAAAUCAAACUUGGCCCAAAAUAA